AUGGCGACUGCGAGAACGCCAAUCGGAAAACGGAACAAUGAUGGCGAAUCUGAAAUCGGAUCUGAUGAGGAAAGUGGAGCGAGAGCACUGCAGCCCGCAGUGCCUUCGAUUACUAAACAAUUGAAACAACAAAAAUUAAAUAAAAUGGAAAGGAAAAUUGAAGAAGAGUUAAGAGUGCUUUUGCUGAAGAAAGACACAGUGGAACGAAAAUUGAUGCGAAUUCAAACAGCACUCGAACUCCCUGACAGUGCUGCGAACAAACACUUAUUGCAAUUGCAACUCAAAAUGUUGGAAAGCUCAUACGUCGAGUACAAUGAUUUGCAAAAUGAAAUUUACGGACUUAAUGUUAGUGAAAAAGUGAAAGGCGAAGAAGAGACAAAAUUUAUUAAUUUUGAAAGUUUGUAUAGUGAACUGUUCGUUCGUAUCACUGAAAGAAUUGAACAUAACAUGAAGAGUGAAUCCGUUCAGUGUGAAACCCAUCCUGUUGCCGUUCAGCAAUACGCUCCUGCAUUAAAAGCACCCUUGCCUACCUUCGACGGUAGCUAUGAAAACUGGUUCGCCUUUAAAAGUAUGUUUGAAAACGUGAUGGGACGGUAUCAAGCAGAGUCGCCUGCCAUUAAGUUAUACCACUUACGGAACGCAUUGGUGGGUGCAGCAGCUGGAGUGAUAGACCAGGACAUCAUAAACAACAAUGACUAUGAUGCGGCCUGGGAAACGUUACGCGAGAGAUUUGAGGAUAAACGAGUGAUAGUCGAUCGACAUAUAGAAGCCAUUUUCAAUAUACCGAGUAUGAUUAAAGAGAGUGCAGUGGGUUUACGUAAAAUCAUUGAUAUCUGCACGAAAAAUAUUGACGCGCUGAAAAAUCUCGAACUACCUGUGAAUGGGUUGAGUGAAGUUAUUUUGCUAAACGUUUUAACGAAGAAACUAGAUGCUGAGACAAGAAAGGCUUGGGAGUUGGAACAGAAAAAUAAUGAGUUGCCUGAUUAUCAAUCUACCAUGAAUUUUCUCAAAGAACGAUGCCGUGUGUAUGAAAAAUUAAGCAGGACAAGCAAGCUAGCCUCUGAUGUUGUGAAAACGGUUCGACAAACAGUGAAGUCUGAAACGAAGAUGCAUAGUUUAGUUGCUGUUUCAGAAAAGUGUACACACUGCAAAAAUGAUCACGAAAUUUGGAAGUGUGAAGCCUUCAAAAAGGCAAGCUUGAAUGAGAAGUAUAAUUCACUUCGCAAAAGUGGUUCGUGCUUUAAUUGCCUUGAGCGAGGACACGUAACUGCGAAAUGUCGCUCCCAAAGUUCAUGCAAGCGCUGCGGUAAGCGUCAUCACACCUAUCUGCAUAACGAUGAACAGCAAUCUGUCGUAGUGUCUGUCACCAAAGAGGAUGCAAAGGUAGAGGAUCAGACUCAGGCUACCACGGAGGAACCAACAAAUGUUAUCGCAAGUAACCCGAGCUCAGUUUUGUAUUCCAACGCGGACACCGACCAGGAUACACUUUUAGCAACGGCAAUUGUUUUCGUGUGCGGAGCAGGCAACAAUAGUGUUUCGUGCAGAGCAGUGCUGGAUUCGGCUUCGCACAAACAUUUUAUUACAGAAGAUGUAGUUUCAAAGCUUGGUUUGAAAAGAAAACAGGCAAAUUUUACGAUCGUUGGAAUCGGUGGUAAUCAGAUGGUUAUACGAUCGAAGGUGUACGCGAAAAUUAAAUCGAAGGUUAGCGAUUACGAAUCGCCUAUGCUUGAACUAUUGGUAGUCAAAAGGAUUACAGGUGAUUGUGGGAGAUAA